GGCGCCGCAGUCCGGAGCUGACCGGCGCGCGGGGAGCACCGCACCGCACCGCACCGCGCCGCACGCAGCCGCCCGCCCCGCCGCCGCUCCGCAGCGAGCUCCUCGCCCACAGCCAUGAGUGGCUGCCGCGUCUUCAUCGGGAGGCUGAACCCAGCCGCCAGGGAGAAGGACGUGGAGAGGUUCUUCAAGGGAUACGGCCGCAUCCGGGACAUCGACCUGAAGAGGGGGUUUGGGUUUGUGGAGUUUGAGGACCCAAGGGAUGCAGACGAUGCUGUCUAUGAGCUGGAUGGAAAAGAGCUGUGCAGCGAGAGGGUCACAAUUGAGCACGCAAGAGCACGCUCGAGGGGCAGAGGCAGAGGGAGGUACUCUGACCGCUUUAGCAGCCGCCGUCCACGCAGUGACAGGAGAAACGCCCCCCCUGUGAGGACAGAAAACCGCCUCAUAGUGGAGAACCUGUCUUCCCGAGUCAGCUGGCAGGAUCUCAAAGACUUCAUGAGACAAGCUGGGGAAGUAACGUUUGCAGACGCACACAGGCCUAAGUUAAACGAAGGGGUGGUUGAGUUCGCCUCUUACAGUGAUUUAAAGAAUGCUAUUGACAAGCUUUCUGGUAAAGAAAUUAACGGGAGGAAAAUCAAGCUAAUUGAAGGCAGCAAAAGGCACAGUCGGUCCAGGAGCAGGUCCCGGUCCCGGAGCAGGAGCUCCUCGCGCUCCCGCAGCCGCUCCCGCUCCCGCAGCCGCAAGUCCUACAGCAGGUCCCGGAGCGGGAGCCGCAGCAAGUCGCGCUCGCUCAGCAGAUCCCCGGCGCCAGACAAGAGCCAGAAACGGGCCUCGUCCAGCAGAUCCAAAUCCCCGUCCUCGCUGGAUCGGCACAGGUCCAGGUCCAGGUCCAGGUCCAGAUCUGUUGACAGUGGCAACUGAACUGUUAAGUCAGACUUGCCCCGGGGGCCGUUUUUUAAGCCAUACUUGCUAAAGCGUGUGGUAAGUAUGUGACUGUGCGGGGAGGGCUGGG